AUGAAGGAUGAUGCAUAUAUAAAUAUUUUUUUGAGCAAACGCAUGCAAGCAGUUGUGGAGGAGCUUCUUUUGUCUGGAGAAGGCAUUACGCAGAAGCACGGCGAGAUAUACGAACUUCUUGGACUGGAUGUGGUAUAUGACAAGGGAAGACUGAAAAUAUACAGCACCAACAAAGCAAAGAUUGUUUCGAUGGGGACGGGGAUACAUGUCAGGGCAUGCUACAAGUCGAUGAGCCGGCUUGCAACAAGGGGAUUUGUGAAUCUUGACGGGCACGGCAUGCCGUUGGAGAUACUCGACAUGAUGGGAAACAAGAUUGUGGUUACGUUUGUUGGGAAGGAGAAUGCGAACCGGAUUGCGAUUGUUACAAGCGGGGGGGAUGCACCUGGCAUGAACUCAGCAAUUAAAAGCAUAAUACGGACUGGAAUUAAGUGGGGGGCAACGGUGUAUGGAGUGUAUAAUGGGUAUGAUGGGCUGAUAAACGACAACAUAAAGAAGCUGAACUGGGACACGGAGACGUACUACAGCAGCCAGGGAGGGACUGUUCUCCUGUCUGCAAGGUCUGACAGGUUUCUGGAGGCGAAAGGAAGAAAGCAAGCGGUACUGAACAUGGCAAAGAAGAGAAUCAACUGCAUGGUUAUACUGGGGGGAGAUGGGUCGCUGAAGGGCGCGUUGGAGUUGAGGGACGAGUUUAGGGAGCAUCUCCGAGAACUCUUGCGAGAGGGGAAGAUAUCGAGUGAGGAGAAAAGAAAGAUACGAAUGAACAAGUCGAGGAUGGAAGGCAAGGCAGAUGUUGAGCAGACGACUGAUGGAAGCGGGGUGAUGUAUUCCGACUUUUAUGGAAAGCCAGAGUGCUACAAGGCGAAUCCGACGGUGUACCACGACCUAAACUCGUCUGAGGAGGUUGAUGAUGGAGAGAUGAAGAGAGACGGGGAUAUCCGAUGCGAUGAGGAGGAGAUUGAAAGAUAUGUGUAUGGGCUGAAGGUGGUGGGUGUUCCAGCAUCUAUUGACAAUGAUAUAUAUGGGACCGAGGUUUCGCUGGGGGAGGAUUCUGCAAUACACAGAGUGGUCGAGGCGAUUGAUCACCUGAUGUCGACGAUGAAGUCGCACUCUCGUGCGUUUGUGAUUGAGGUGAUGGGAAGGAAGUGCGGAUGGAUAGCUCUUAUGUCUGCCCUGGGGUGUGCGGCUGAUUAUGUGCUGCUGCCUGAGGCGCCUGGCGAUUGGAGGAGGGAGAUGAUGGAUGCGAUUGCGGUUGGAAAGAAGCACGGGAAGCCUGAGAUAUUUGUCAUUGUUUCUGAGGGAGCGGUUGAGGCCGAUGGCACGCCAAUACGUGCCUGCUCUGUGGUUGAGGAAAUAGAUAAGGUCGGGAUUGAGGUCAGGUCACUGAAGUUGGGGCAUAUACAGCGAGGAGGCCCGCCGUCGUUUCAAGACAGGGUGUAUGGAACUUUGUUUGGAAUCAAGGCGGUUGAGACAAUAAUGGAGCCGGUUGAUGAGCCAUUGAUGGUAAGAGUGUUCAAUGAUGAAGUAGAUACAAUUUGCCUGAGGGAGGUAGUGCUGAGGAACGAAAUGACAGCGGUAUUUGAAAGGGAGAUGAAGUUUCCGGAUGUGUUUAGGAGUCGGAAUGAGUUUUUUAAGCUUGCAUAUGUGUACUUCAGGAAGGCGCUGAUGACAAGAGUGCUGUAUGAGAGCGGAUGCAACGCAAGGAUUGGGUCUGUGGGGAUCCUGCAGGUUGGUGGCCGAUCCAGUGGGAUGAAUGCAGUGUUGAAUGCAAUAGUGCAGUACUCAUUGCGGAUAGGAGUGGAGCCAUACUACAUUCCGAAUGGAUUCGAAGGGCUUGCCAAGGGCCAGAUUGUGAAAGCAAAGCUUUAUGAGUUUUCCAGCGAUGUGAACAACGGCGGGUCUGCGAUUGGAGUGGGGAACGGCGGAGAGAUUGAUGCUGAUGAGCUGCAGAAGAGGAUAGACGAGAGUGGGCUGAAGUCGUUGAUUGUGAUAGGAGGCUCUAAGGCUCUUUCGAUGAUUAGUAAGAUAACAAGAAUUAAUGUUGUUCUUGUGCCAGCAACUGCACACAACAAUGUGCCAGGAACAGGCGUGAGCAUUGGAUCUGACACUGCAUUGAACACCAUUUUGAAGAUGUCUGAUAUGUCGAAGCUGAAUUCGUUUUCGUGCAAGAACAGUGUGUUUGUGAUUGAGAUUGGGGGAGAAGAGUGCGGAUACCUAUCACUAAUGGGAGGAAUAGCGGCUGGUGCGUUUGAGGUGUUUAUUCCUGAGAGGAGGUAUCUGAUAGGGAAUCUUUCUGAAGCAGCGCAAAGGUUGCGGAUGAGGUUCAAGGAGAGCUCGAGACGAGGAAUAGUGAUAUUCAGGAAUGAAAGGACGUUCUGCUCGAUCCCCACGGACAGCUUCUGCAAGGUUCUGAAGACGGACAGCAAAGGGCUGUUUGAGACGGGAUAUUCUAUUCUUGGGCCUAUACAGCAAGGAUCGAAUCCAUCACCGACAGAUAGAAUAUAUGCAGUGAUUCUAGGGAUUGAGGCGGUUGAUCUAUGUGUUGCAAACAGUGGGAUCGGCGUGGUGGGCAUCUGUGGAAGCAGCAUUAGGUUUACAAAGAUCGGAGAUGUUUUGGAUGCAUUUGAUUCUGAGCAUGACCGGGAGAAGGAUCCGAAGUGGCUCAAGUACUCGAAUAUAUGUAGAUCUGUGGAAUAA